AUGAAAGCGAUAGUUGGCCCGAUAUCUCCACUUACUAAUGGCGAUCCUAUCCUACCCUCAACAUCACCCCCAGAAUGGUCUUCUGCCAUCGGCCACGCCAUGACCGGUAAAUCCGGCAGAGUCAUUCACAAUCUCCAGGAACAAAUCACACGUCUCACUCGUGAAUGCAACCUCCACCGAACCCGAGCCGAAGAAGCUCAGCGCAUGAACGAAGUGUUAAAACAGCAAUUACAGACCGUUACCGACCGACUACGCAGCUCCGAGCAGUCCCACGAAGCAAGUCUGAUAACAAUCGCACGCAAGGACAGGAAAAUAGAAGAUCUCAAAUCAGAAACACAAAGCGAAAAGAACAGACGUCUAAAGGCCGAAAACGAUGCCGCGGAAACCACACAACUUGCUCAACAACAACGCGAAGAGCACCAGCGAGCCUUUGCAGAAGCACAGGAAAUCGCCCAGCGAUCUCAAUGCCAAUAUGAUGCUCUCUCCCAGGCCCGAUUACGCGACAGAAACGAGUUUCAGUCCCGUUUCAGCAUGUUCAGGAAAGAUUUUGACGAGCUAAUAAAGCGCGAGCAAGAACGGCAGAAUCAGCUCAGCAGACUGGACGUUAUCAUCGAACAAAAGGACCGUGAGAUACGAGCUGCUCGUGACCGGGCAGAGAAAAUCACCUCGUUAUAUGAAGAGUACAAAUCGCGCAGUGACGAAGUGCUACAGAACCUUGUGGAGAAAGGACGGCAGAACGAUCGAGACGUCGACACUGUGCUGAGAGAUGCCCGAGAGGCCACCGACAAGAUGAAAUGGGUUGUCAACGUCAAGCAAAACGUCAAAGGUGCCAGAUAA